AUGGCGCUGUCGCGCGCGGAGCGCUGUCUCGCGCUGCUGCUGCGGCUGCUCUCGCGCGCCUGCCUCGCGCUGCUCGCGCUGCUGCCGCCGCCGCGCGCCGGCUCCGCGCGCACCGGCCCGCGCGCCGUCCCGCCGCCGCGGCGCGCGCUGCUGCUGCUGCCCGCGCGGCGCCUCGCGCAGCUGCUCCGGGCGCGGCAGGUGACGUGCAUCGAGGUGGUGGAGGCGUACGUGGAGAGGAUCAAGGAGGUGAAUCCCCUCAUCAAUGCCGUGGUUAAGGACAGGUUUGAGGAGGCCCUGCAGGAAGCCAGGCAGGUCGAUAAGCUGCUUUCAGAGGGUCCUGGCGAUGACUGCCUGGAGGAGAAGUUCCCCUUGUUGGGAGUUCCCAUCACCGUUAAGGAGGCCUUUUCUCUCUACGGGAUGCCCAACACCUCUGGCUUGGUCAACCGCCGCAACGUGAUCGCCACCUCAGAUGCCACAGUGGUGUCACGGCUGAAGCAGGCGGGUGCCAUCCCACUGGGUGUCACCAACUGCAGCGAGCUCUGCAUGUGGUACGAGUCCAGCAACAGGGUCUACGGGCGGACCAACAACCCUUACGACCUGCAGAGGAUUGUGGGCGGCAGCUCAGGUGGGGAGGGCAGUGUCCUGGCAGCUGCCUGCUCAGUCAUAGGUGUGGGCUCUGACAUCGGCGGAAGCAUCCGGAUGCCCGCCUUCUUCAAUGGAGUCUUUGGCCAUAAACCCACAACAGGGGUGGUGCCCAAUGACGGCCAGUUCCCAGAUGCUCACGGGGUGCGGACCAGCUACCUGUGCACGGGGCCCAUGUGCCGCUACGCAGAGGACCUGGAGCCUGUGUUGAGAGUCAUGGCCGGUCCUGGGGUCAGCAAGCUGAAACUGAAUGAGAAGGUGUCACUGGAGAAAAUCAAAUUCCACUGCAUGGAUCAUGACGGCGGGUCCAUUUUUGUAUCACCUGUGGACAAGGAGAUCUUGCAGGCCCAAAAGAAGGUGGUGGAGCACCUUGAAAGUGACCUCGGGGUCCGGGUUCAGCGUGUGGCAAUCCACAAGAUGAAGUAUUCUUUCCAGAUCUGGUCAGCCAUGAUGUCAUCUCAGGACAGCAAAGGGCAGGAGGCACAAAGAUUCACGGACCUGCUGGGGGAUCACGGGAAGCCAGUGUGGCCGCUGUGGGAGCUGCUGAAGUGGCUUGUGGGGAUGUCUUCUCACACUCUCCCAGCUAUCGCCCUGGGACUAACAGAGAAGCUGGUGAACCUUAACCUCAGUGGGAAGGCCAAGCUGGUGAGCAUGGGGAAGAGCCUACAGGAGGAGAUGGAGGCACUGCUGGGGUCAGACGGGGUGCUCCUCUACCCCUCGCACCCCACCAUCGCCCCCAAGCACCACUCCCCCAUCUGUAUGCCCUUCAAUUUUGCCUACACAGCCAUCUUCAAUGUCCUGGGCCUGCCGGUGACACAGUGCCCACUGGGGCUGGGCAGCGAGGGGCUGCCACUGGGCAUCCAGCUGGUGGCAGCCGCCUACAACGACCACUUGACGCUGGCAGUGGCUCGGUACCUGGAGAAAGCCUUUGGAGGAUGGGUUUUACCAGGGAAAGUUUAACCUUGGGAUGCGGGGACAGAGGCGGUGACAAGUGCUGAUGCUUAAUCCCAUCACGGCACUGCCUGCUCGCUCUGCAUUUCCCUGUGCCCUGCUGGGAGUGGCUGGUGGUGCCUCCAGCCUAGGAACAGCUGGGCCAUUGCCACUGGAGUCCUCAUCCCUGUGGCAUCCUCUGUCAGGGAGAGACCUGCCUUUCCCAAACCCCUCAGGAGCCCCAGUACUACAGUCUGAGGAUGUCCUGCCUGCAUCCUGCCUGCAGUGGGCAUCCACCCACCUUUUCCAGACUGUGAAGCUGGCUAGCUCUGUAACCCUUCUGCUUUCAAAACAGUAAGAGCUGGGCAGAGGACGUGCUUCCAGACUGCUGGGGACAGCUGUGCAGCACCCCUUGGGGCUGCCUGGGCCCAUGGGGGUCCUCCUUGGCCUGACCCUACCCACAGGGCUGGACUGUGUCUGCUGCACCCAGGCUUGCCAGCCCCCACAGUCCUCAUAAGCUCCUGCAGGCUUCCUACCACCCUCUGACCAAAAAGGGAGAGGGAGCUGGAGGAGCCAUAGGCCGGCCUUGCCAACAGUGUUUUGUGGGGUGGUGAGUGCUGGGCUCUAGUCUGUGCAGCUGUCAGGCACAGCUGAGAGCAUUUCAGCACUGGCUGAAGCAUCUCCUGCUUGUGUCUUCCCCUUCUCUCUGGGGCAUGAGCAUCCUGCCUGUCUGGUGUCCCCUGCUCCAUGCCCUGCUGAGCUGCCUGGCCUCUGCCCCCGGAGUGGCUGUGGGCAGCAGUGUGGGUGGUUCAUCUGAGCAGGCAGCAAGCACAAAGUGUUCUCAUUGAAGGAGGUAUUAAAGAGCCUGUCCAGUCUA